GCCCCACCCGGACUUGUGUGUUUGCCCUGCUCUGUGUAUUCAGCCAGCAGGCUCCGGACCAGGAGGCAAAGGGCAGGGAGCCGGGCUCAGUUGACCGCCUGACACCAGGCAGCACCAGCUGGAGACAAGGCGCGCUGAGCUUCUAGAAGCAUCUCCAGGUGACACCAGGGGACUGAAGACACUCCCACCGGGGACUCGACAGGAAUAAUGGGCAACCAAAUGAGUGUCCCACAAAGAGUCGAAGACCAAGAGAAUGAAUCAGAGAUAGACACUAACAAGGCGGCGUCUGAGAGUAGAUGCGCACAAAACGGGGUGCCGGUGAUCAUAUCAACCUGCGACAUUCCUUGCUAUGAUGAAGUUGAUUUGGGAAUAAGUGUCAAGGAGGAUAAUGCGGUCACUUCUUCCCCCGAGACAAUGGAGAUGAGCGCUGUUGCGGAUGCCAACGGAAAGAAUCUUGGGAACGAGGCCAAAGCCGGGGCGCCAGCUGCUAAAUCUCGUUUUUUCUUGACACUCGCUCGGCCUGUACCAGGACGUGCUGGAGACCAAGCCACGGAUGCAUCCACUGGGUCAGUGAAGCUUGAUGUCAGCUCCAAUAAAGCUCUAGGGAACAAAGAACCAAGUGAGAGCGUGACUCUUCCGGGGGCAGCUGCACGGGGGCACGACCCAGAUAAAACCCCGGGGCAGAGCCCAGCCGGGGACGAAGGCGUCUCUGCCACUUGGGGACCAGCGCCCGUCUCACCUGAGUCAGGGGGAACAGCCCCCGCCAAGCCUAAGGACUCCGGCUUUUUUGACAAACUCUUCAAACUGGACAAGGGACGGGAAAAGGCACCAGUGGACAGCCAACAGGAAGCCAAGAGCGCGGAGCGUCAGGACCAGGCCGAGGAAGUCCCUGGAUUGUCAAGGCCGCCCGAUGAUGUCCCUGCAGAGAGGGACAUAGUUGACAACAAGGGGAAGGAAGGACAAGAGAUCCCGACUGUGAGGUGCUCUGUCCCCGGGGACCCAGAGGAACUGGACAUUGCAAAGGAGGACCCCCAGGCAACAGAUACAACAGAGAAUCAUAAUUCCAUCAUGAGCUUCUUUAAAACUCUGGUUUCACCUAACAAAGCUGAAACAAAAAAAGAUCUGGAAGAUACGGGUGCUGAAAAGCCACCUGUCCCGUCACCUGACGUCCAGUCAGACAAAGCUAACUUUAUAUCCCAGGAGACCAGAGGGACGGCCAAGAAUCCUACAUCCUCUGAAACAGCGAAGGAAGCCCCCAAGGAAAAGGGGGCACCCACCUCUCUGCCUCUGAGCAAACUCUUCUGGAAAAAGUCAGCUAAAGAGGAUUCAGUCCCCGCAGGUGCAGAGGAGAAUGUGGUGUGUGAAUCACCAGUAGAGGUUGUAAAGUCCGAGGAAGUAGAAUCAGCCUUACAAACGGUGGAUCUCAACGAGGAAGGAGAUACCACACCUGAACCCACAGAAGUAAAACUCAAAAGAGAAGACCCCAGACCACCAAGAGCCUCCCUGAUGGCGUUUCUCAGACAAAUGUCAGUGAAAGGGGAUGAAGGGAUCACCCACUCAGAAGAAAUAAAUGGGAAAGACUCCAGCUGUCAAAGCAAACCCCUUCCCAUCCUUCAAGUCUUGGCCUGAAUGUCCCCUCCUCAAAGAGAUGUCCUAUUUCCAUCCAUCAUUGUUGUGUCUUGUUCUGUUACUUCGUGGAAUUUAUGACACAUUGUAGUAAGUCAUCUGUCUAUUCGUUAUCUGUCUCCUCUACCCCUUUCUUUCUGUGUCUGGAGCAAGGGAGGGGCCUCUUCUAUUUUUCCAUCGCACUGCAUGGUGCCUGGCAUAUAGUAGGAGCUAUUUCUUUGAAAAACGAGUGAAGAAACAUGGGAUCGUGUGGUUUUUUCCAUUAUUUUCUCCACUCUAGAGAAACACAGCUAAGACAUGUUUAUAACUCCACAUAUUCAUUUCUUUAAAUGGGGUCAUCUCAUGCUCCAUACCCUAUUUUAUAACCUGCAUUCUUUCUUAACUUAAAAACACACCUCCACGAAAAUCUCAACAAGUAUUCUUCAACUAAUUUUUGCAACACAGAGAACUGGUUAAGAGCAGAGCUGCUGGCUCAGAUUGCCUGCGUUUGAACCCUGGCUUUGCUAUCUUUUACCUGUGUGACUGGAAACAAAUUACCAAAUGUCUCCGUGCCUCAGUUUCCUCACCUAUAUCAUGGAGCUAGGAAAAGCGCUGUCAUACUUAGAUGAGUCAGGGCACGUAAAGCACCUGGAAGUCCCAGCACGGAGGACGCGAUGAAUGCUAGUGGCCGUGCGAAUCAGCACGGGCUGCCAUACCAACUGUCAUAGACGGAGUGGUUUAACAACGGAAAUUUGUUUUCUCACAGUUUUGGAGACUGGAAAAUCCAAGAUCAGGAUGCCAGCAAUGGUUUGGUUCCUGGUGAGGAGAGCUCCUUCCUGGCUUUCUGACAGCCCCCUUCUCACUAUGUCCUCACAUGGUGGCUUUUAUAGGGACACUAAUCCUAUUGAUCAGGGCGCCAUCCUUCUGACCCCAGUUAACCUUAAUUACUUUCUUACUCCACAUACUUUCACGCUGGGGGUUAGGGCUUCAGUCUAGGGAGCCAUAGCAGUUGCUUUUGUUUUGUUACUGUUACUUAUUAUGCCGCUGAUAAGAAAUUACCACCCUACAGUAUUUGUUCUUAUCACACACACAAAUGGACAGCAGUGACUACCAUUCAUUAUAUUUCCAUGACCAUAAUACUUGGAUUAUCCUAUAUAUUCCAACAGGGAAUAUAUUGCUUUUUGCUGCAUUCAAAUUAUCUCUGUUUUUCUUUUUCAACUUCCUGCUGUGCUUGUCCCCAAACGUGUUCUCCGGACCACUGGGAACCCAAAACUCCUCGAGUUCACUAUCUUGGAAACACGAUACAUGUACUUUAUUCCAUAUGAAAGUUUUAAACAUAAUUGUACAUUUCUGUCUAGAAUGUGGACGUGAAACAGUUAUGCCGAUCGUCUUGGAUGCAGACUUGAGGAGACGGAUGUGUGAUCGUUGAGAGAAUGAUAAAUGCUUUGUUUAAUUUGGGGGAUGGGAAUAGACAUUCUCUGUUCCCUUCAGAAUUGUCCUCUCAGAGUUACGAAAAGUCUCGGGUGAUGAUUCUAGGAAAAGGAGCCCAAGGCAACUCCCAGUUCAGAUGUGCCUCAGGGUCUGAAUCAAACGGGAUGUUCCCAUGACUUUGUCCCCCAACUUCCAGCCAGCGUCACUCAGUUCUACAAGAGGAUACACUCAAGAUGAUUCAAAUGAGAAUAAUUUGUGUGAUAAAUCCUGAGACAGAGUCAAAUCCCAAGCAAAGAUUUUAAAUCAUCUACAUUCAAUGAUGAAGCAAUCAUCGCACAGUUUAGAUUCUUAGCUUACUCUGAAUGUAAGGAACCAGCCAUCUGUUAUUUCCAGGAGUUAGUGUCUAAGCCAUUAAAAAGAACAUUUAAGCCCUAGUAGCAGUGGCGUAAUUAUGCGAUAAAUGGACCUGAUCCACUGAAAGCGCCCCUCCUGAAAAAAAUCAAUGUCCCGUGAAAGCUAUUGACGUGUGGGCACUUCUCACUCCCCACCCCGCAAUGAUUUGCCGAGGGAAAUAGUGUAGAAACAUCUGGAAGGCAAGUUGCCGGCCAUCCGUUCAACCCUUUUUGGUGGAGACUUACUAUGUGUCAGACGAGGUGCUGGGGAUAAAGCCGUGGAGGACAGAAGAGUGUUGUUCUCCAGAGCUCCCCUUCCAGCAGAGGGAGGCAGAGAAUGUUCUCAAGUGAGCCAAGAAACCCCCAAGAUUAAUGGAAGCAUGAAGGAAACACAGCCGUGUUUUGUAAGAGAGGGGUAGAUUGUCUAAACAGGGGCCACCGCCCCAGGGAGGUGACAUCUGAGCUGAGACUUGACGGGAAAGAAGUGGCUGUCACGUCAAGCCCCGCAAACGUCCUGAGCAGGAAUUACAGCAAACGUGAGGCCCCCGUUUUGAGAGUAAGCUUGUUCACGGAAGAAGAGGAGACCGUGUGGUCGGAGCAGAAGGAACAGAGGAAAAAGGGAUUAGAGACGAGGUUGGGGAGGCACAGGGACACUCCAUUCAACAAACAUUUGCCGAGUCCCUUGUCUGCCCCCGGCUCUCGGACCCACACGGAAAGAAUCUGUCAGGAAGGAUCACCGUGGACAACGUUGGGUUGGGAUGACGGACUCUUCUCUGUCGGCCUGGGUACGCACCAUGAGGUACGAUGUCUUCUGUGACUGCCCCACAGAUGAGGAAGCUGAGAGACCCAACAAUUCAUUCCAGGUCACCCAGCAAGGGUGUGAAGGGACCCAGAGCCCACCGUGUGCUUUCAGCUGCAGACGCUAAGCCCUUAGCCAAUAAGUGGAUCUUAAACCUUCUAUACGACAAAAACUAUCAACGCGGUGUGCAAGUGGCUUGUGGCCUUUCUGAAGAGCAUCACGGUGGGCGUUUCUGUCUCCUUGUGCAAGGGUACCUGCUCUCGGGGCUUUGUUGCCCUUGGACAUCUGCGUCUUGACUUUUGCUACGACUUUGGCACAUGGGGUCUGACGGAAUCGCUCAGCAUCUUUGGGGUGCCCUGGGUGUUUCCUUUCUCCAAGGAAUCCUGCCCUCCACGGGGCUGCGACCUACGGAGCCUUUGGGGACUGGGCAAUCUUCUCUCUUCUUGCUUAUUUCUCAGGGCUACACUUGAUACUGAGGGGGAACUUUGUCCGAGAACUUUUUAACGGGGGGACAAUAUGUAACUUUUACGAAUCAUAAGUUGUGAGCGUGUAUUCCGUGCGUCCCAUGCGGCCCCCGGGGGUGCUGGGGCUGUGGUUUUCUGUGAGCAGGGCUUUAAAACUUCUUUUAAAUAAUUUAUUUACUUUUAAAAUUUACAUCCAAGUUAGUUAGCAUGUAGUGCAACAAUGAUUUCAGGAGUAGAU